UGCAGUUUGGUAUCCGUCGUCUUCUCUUGUAACAUCCCAUAAAUAUAAGUGUAUAUACUCAACCCACGUUCGCGGCCAUUCUGUCGUGUGCAAUGUGCGACAUCAGACGUCGCCGCCCGCGUCGACCAGUACGUCACUAGCGUGCGGAUAAUUCGCCAACGCGGAACGCUAGUCUAUCGGCUUUUUUGAGCUUUGCUGCUGAGAAUAAGCUUCUAAAGCUAAAGAAAAUAUCCUAGCUAUAUUUACCAGCAAAUUUGGGUUGACAAUCGACAGAGCGAAGGCUAAAUCUUAAGGAGUAUAAUAUAAAUGUGAUGGUGCCUUCAUUAUAGAGGUCAGUGAGAGAGAGAGAGAGAGGAAGAAAGACGACGGUGAAGAAACGGUGCGACAAAAAACGGAAGCGAAAAAAACGAAAUUGCCGUUGUAGAAAAAACUGGGCGCCGUCGCGUCGACGCGCGGACCCAGAUGGCGCCGACAGAGUAACUCUAAGGAAUAACUGUGUUCUGUUCCCGCGACGGAAUUUACAUCACGAAUCGUUUAAUUAUUACAACCAUUCAUCGUUUAACGAGUGCGCCAAGUGGUUUUUGUGCUUUGUGGAUAUAUAUAUUAUAUACAUAUAUAUAUUAAUAUAUAUAUACAUAUAUAUAUAUCUGUAUUUCUUAAUAAGAGAUACGUGUGUGCGUGCGGGUGUGUGGUGACUUGUGCUUGGCCAAGUGCGACAACACCAGCAGCUAAAAACUACUGCUUGUUACCCUAAGCUUUCCUGUCGAAGGUAGAGCCCUUCGGAGCCAAGAUGGCGGCUCUCAGGGCCCUCCGUGCUCGUCUGGUGUUCGUUGCGUGCCUUGUCGUCUUGACUCUGGGCUCGGCCGCGAAUGCUAGCGAGGCUCAGCAGGUGCCUGUGAAGAUCAAGACCUUUGAGGCUGCGUUUCAAGGAGAGUGCCAGUCAGAAGGCGGGCCAUGCCAGCAGCUGUGCUAUGAUCUUCACGAUGGAACAUUCGAGUGUGGCUGCUCGGAAGGUUACGUACUCUCCACUGACGGUUACAGCUGUCACCCUGAGACUAAUUCGAGUUCGAAUGCGAGUUCAACAGAGGAAGCAACGACCGGGACUCCACCAAGCGGAACGCCAGAGAACCUAGCCCUUAAUAAUAUUAAUAUGAAUACCCUAGCAGCGACAACGACGGCCACUGCAGCGUCGACAACGGAUCAGACAACCGGCUGCGCGGAGACCGAUGGAGACGAUGGCGGUGGCCCCGGAGCUUCGCGGGAAGUUGACGACGAUUACGACGAUGAUUACGUGGCGUUCUGGAGUUGCGACCAACUCAGCUGCCAGAAUGGGGGACAGUGUGUCGCCACGCAGGCGGAAGGCGGCGUACGCUGCAACUGCAAACUCGGCUUCGCCGGUCCUUACUGCAACGAAGAAAUGGACGUGAAGUACCCGAGCUUCAGUGGUAAUUCGUACAUCGUUUUGCCGACGCUGCGUGACGCCCACCGAUCGAUGCAAAUUUCGUUAGAAUUUAAACCCGAAACGCAUAAUGCCUUGCUUCUGUACAGCGGCGAACAGGCCAAUCUUCAAGGCGAUUACGUAGCUAUUUUGCUUGUCGAAGGAUUCGUCGAGUUUCGGUUUGAUUGCGGUAUGGGCGAAGGUAUUCUUCGAAGCGAUCAGCCGGUCGUGCUCAGCUCUUGGAACAAACUGUCAAUAUAUCGUGAUCGGUGGGACGCCUGGAUGCAGCUUAACAAUGACCACCAGGUCCAAGGAAGAAGCAAAGGCUUAUUCUCGCGUAUCACCUUCAGAGACAAUUUAUACCUGGGCGGGUCGCCCAAUAUCACGAUGGUUGAGGGACGUCUGAGAACAGAUAAGGCAUUCAUAGGCUGCGUGAGAAAGCUGGAGAUUAACAAUAGGAACUUUGAUUUUCGUUCAGGGGUUAAAGGCGACGCACUCGACGGGGCCGAUAUCGGCGAAUGCCGUGAUGAUGCAUGCAAUAACGUGCUCUGCCAGAACGGAGGACAGUGUGUCGACCACGGAAAGACUGCAUCAUGCAUCUGCCCGCUAGGUUACGAAGGAGAGUUUUGCGAUCAAGAGGUGACAAUCCUGGUACCGGCGUUCAACGGUUCAUCGUUCAUGCGUUUCCCCGGCCUCGGUGAGCGUUUUCUGUCCUUCCUCGAGAUCACCGUCGUGCUGAAGCCGCGGUCUCUAAACGGAGUUUUCUUCUACAACGGAGAUUCUCUCGAGGGACAGGGCGACUUUAUUAUGCUGCAGCUCGUCAACGGUUUCGUCGAAUUUAGAUUCGAUCUCGGCAACGGGGCCGCUAUUGUUAGAAGCGACGAGGCAGUCACCGUGGACAAAUGGCACACGAUUUCCAUUUCGCGCACGGGACAGCUUGGCAUUCUACGGGUGGACAAGCACCCGUAUAUUGUCGGCUUCGCACCAGGAGCCUUCACUCAGCUCUCCCUCGAUCUGAACCUGUACAUCGGCGGAGUACCUUCUUUUAAAGAAACCUCGCCCAAUGCUGCUAUCACGCACAAUUUUGCGGGAUGCAUACAAAAGGUGACGAUAAACAAUAAACCGCUGAAGCUUCUUCAGGAAGCUCUGACCGGUCGAAAUGUCAACAACUGUGCACAUCCCUGCGUCACGGGACCGUGCUACAAUGGCGGUCAGUGUGAACCGACCAUGGAUGAGUUCCAAUGUCACUGUAAGCUCGGCUUUUCCGGCCAGCAAUGCGAGAUCGAAGUACAGGAAGCGAUUGCCCAGCCAAUGAUGGGUGGUCAGAGCUUCCUGCACUACACAGCCGAAGAGAUUAUUAAGCGCGUGCGCGGCUCGAAGAUCGACAUCCAGAUGAAAUUCCGUUCAUUUUCGGGACAUGGUCUGCUAUUAUGGGCUGGCGAGAAAGAUGUUUCCCGCAGCUCUGACUUCGUCUCGCUCGGCAUCAACAAGGGCCAGUUGGUGUUCCGUUUUAAUCUCGGCUCGGGUGAGGGCGAUCUCGUCUACAACUACUCGAGGGUUGAUGAUGGCCAUUGGCACACAUUACGGGCCAUACGCUAUCGUCAGGAAGGAUCUCUUACAGUGGAUGAUGGUCCGACCAUAGUGGGUACUUCGUUCGGGCAACUGAACCAGCUCACCGUGAACAGUGGACUCUUUCUAGGCGGUAUCCGCGACCUAACUCACAUGACACUGGGUCGCUAUCAGACUGGCCUAGUUGGCUGUAUCGGGAACUUCACACUCUCAACCGACUACCACGUCCGACUUGUCACACAUGCCAACAGCGGAAUCAACGUUCAGCCCUGUAUCUAAAUAAGUCUGCAUCUCGAACAUGGUCGUUUAUGGAGGUGGCACCUUCUUUCUUGAACCGUAGAUAAGGAUUGAUCACCAACUGCUGAAACAACCAAUCGUCACCACUGAGAACACUUGGGGCUAACCAUCUACGCUUACUGCUGGGCUGGAAAUGUUCUAUCAGCAAGCACCUGCAGUUAACUCUCGUAACAGGACUGCCUGACUGAACUCGACCAUUCAAAGAGCCUGACGCUCCAAUAAUUGAUACUUCGGUGACCCAGUGACGGAAUGGGAUACACCGUCACUGCCCGAAAUAAGUGCAACAACUACAGCUAAUUAUGAUAAUAAUAGUACGAAUGAUAAUAAGAGAUCAAUAAAAACAUAACGAUAAUGACGAUUAUCAAGGCGGACUAAACUAUUAGAAUAGUAUAAAUGUAACGCUGAAGUGUGAAGACGCGCAAGUUAUUGAUAGCAAGCAAACGUAAUGAAAAACGUGAAGCUAUGUCGGUGGGAAACACUACGAUAGCGUGGUCUGCAAACAUUGCGAGAGCAAAGUUCAGCUUGAAACACCUCUACGCAUAUGGUCUGUCUAUACUGGAUGACUGAAACUGUAGUAAUAACCACCGAAUAGCAAAUGGCAGCAACUUAUAACCAAGUGCCCGACUUAUCUAAAAGGAGUUCGGCGCCAUCUCUGUUCCAGCCGAUGCAAUGGAUAUAACGUGAAUGUCUCAGCCAUUCGCAGCAAGAGAUUGCUGUUAUACCACCCAUCCACUCCCCAACGGGAUUGAGCGUUUACUAAGCGAUAUCAAUGCCCCAUGAUUACUCGAUAGUUUAAUUACUAGUGAUGAAUAUGGCAAUUCUGUCGGCUAAUACAAUCGUAUAGACCUUUAUAUUCUAUUAUAGAUUUUUAUCGUUUCGUAGUGGUUGGAACGGAGAUUCGUACCCUAAACGCGUGGCAUAUCAUCCUUUCUUCACUGUGAAUGCCAAACGGAGAUAUUACUGUGACUGAUAUAUACACAGAUGCAUAUAUUUCUACUUAUCUGUACAGCGGGCCUAACGCUUAAAAUUAAUUAAUGGAACAAGAGUAUGCGUUAUUAUUAUUAUUGCAGUUGCUGUCAGUAUUGUACGAUCAGUUGAAGACAUAGACUUCUUAAAGGAUCAUUUACGUAAAAUUAUUUUUUUAAAUCUAUAUAUAUAUAUAUAUAUAUACAUAUGCAUACACCCGUAGAUUCUUGUGUAUCUGCAGACAAGGGAAGGGGGUGAGUCCGUGGGUAAAAAGACGCAUCGUUGUGGUUCUCUUUCUUACAAAACUGUUCGGCGUGCUUUUUUUUUUUUGUUUUUUUUUUUGAGUAUUUCCCUUGACGAUAACAAUGACGUUGAUGACGACGAAAGCGACAACCUGGAGUCGAUUUUUGUGGAACAGAGACGGCCUGACACCACUUCAUAGUCUAGAUAGCAAAAAGUAUGUACUUAUACGCGAAGGGGCUGCCGAUAUUAUUUUGUUAUGUACAAAAAAUCAUAUGAUGUGGAUCAGUAAGCUACGGAAGGGACAAGAAUACGAAUGACGCUGAUGGUGAUGAUGGUACUAAAAUAAUAUUAGUAAUAAUGACUAUGUAAUGAAUGACAAGGCACUAUAUUAUGAGGGGAAGAUUAUGAUGCUUAGGUGUAUGAUAGUCCUCCCGUCAUGUCGACGAAAUAAGCACACCCGACGACACAGCGGGCAGUUGACUGAGUCUAUCCAAUGCGAUCGUGGCAAUGCGCGCGCUGACAAGCAUCGUAAUCGAAUGAAAUAGCAAGGCAUUAUUUCGAAAAGGGCAAGGGGUGAGAAUUUUACAUUAUUCGGUGGUACUGAAAGCAACGUUACGAAUAUGUGUCAAUUCAUUAUUUCAGGUAUGAUCGACACUGAAUAUAGGCGCCGUGGCAAGUAGCUUCAUCAUGCGGGCUGGUCAGUGAAAUGGGAAAAAGUGAACCAGUGACAGGCACCGCAUGGCAUUUUUCCAAAGACUGAUUAGGACGGGUGGAUGAGUGUUCUAAAGUUAAAUACAAAACAAAGAGAAAUUUGGCGAAGAAAAUCCAGAUAAAGGCUACUUCCCAGGAAUGUGAAAAGGAAAUACAUACGAUAAAGCGGACUGGCUUAAAUUCACACCAAGAUUAUUAUUGAUACAGAGCCGUCACAAGCUCUUGUAAAUAGUACGGAAAAGUUAUAACAAAAUGCAGUAAUGACGUAAGGCCUCAUGUAGUUGGCUAAUAUCUGUCAGAGACAAGUUCCACAACGCAUUCUACCUUGACAAGACGAACAAAGACCUUCGCCACCUCCUCUAACCAUAUACGGUAGUGUAACCGAGGGUUUGAUUAGGGAGGCAUUUCGAGUGGUAGAAAGGAAGCUUAGGACAGUCUUGAAGGUAUUUGAAUUGGCAAGCUGGUGGGCCGCCAAGGCCGUCAUAGGUUGCAGCUUUGGGAUCAGGAAUUUCGUGUAGAUAAGGCUCAGCAAAAUGGUUUACUGGCUGACUAGAGACCAAGGUAACGACGAAAAAGCUAACCGCGCGCUAAUAAAUCUGCUACGCAGAUGAGGUAGGGAUUUGACCGGUUUGUCAGAGCAGUUAUGGGUAUGAAGAUCAAAAGUAGACGUCGUAAGGACAGAGGGGAUCGGCAUAUAUAUAUAUAUAUAUAUAUAUAUAUAUAUAUAGCGUGUAAAUAGCUGCAGUAAGUGACAGACAAAAGUGUGUCAAGUAUAUAUGCGACCGGUUCAGCACGAGAACUGAAAAAAUCGAAUUAAUUUAACGAUACGUCUACUGGUCGUAGUUCAAAAGUCGAUAAGCGGUGCGGGGUAUGGGUCGCGGAAGAGGCUGAUGAAACUUCAUGGCUGAUAAAAAAGAGUGGUUGCAUUAAAUUAUAUUGGCAAAAAAGUUGAAAGUCACGGCAAGAGAUGAUAUUUGAAGUGACUAACGCAAGGGAAAGGUAGCAGAGGCCGAUCUAAAAUGUUCUAUGGACGGGUUCUAUAGCAGCAUGCUUAGUACAACUGACACAACUGAUGCACUAGGAAACUUAGUGAUUGAAAAGAAACAAUUACGACGCAAAAAAGCAUGAACGAGAG